GAAUAUUAUUUAAAUCACCACAAAUUUUCAUGUUCGUCACUCAGACGCUAAAUCCAAUAACAACAGCAAUCAAUCGCAUCUCGAUCACCAUUUGCAGAUCUAAAUUCAUUUCAGAUUUCAUCGUUUCAAGCUUCGUUAAUGGCGACUGAAGAGCCUAUUGUGCCGACGGAGGUUACUGAGCCGGUUGUCGCUCCUGCUGAUGUCACGCCGGAGGAAAAACCUGAAGUUAAAGCUGAAGAGAAGCCGAAGAAGGUGAAGAAAGCGGCCAAAGGAAAGCCUAGAAGUCCGUCGUUGCAUCCUCCUUACUUUGAGAUGAUUAAGGAGGCGAUUGUUACAUUGAAGGAGAGAACCGGAUCUAGCCAGUACGCGAUCACGAAGUUCAUCGAAGAGAAGCAGAAGAAUCUUCCGGCGAAUUUCAAGAAGGUUUUGUUUACUCAGUUGAAGAAAUUCGUUGCUGCCGGUAAGCUAGUCAAAGUCAAAGCCUCUUACAAGCUUCCGGCAUCAACUGUUCCGGCGAAGAAGCCAGCUGCUAAAGCGAAAACUGUUGCCAAGCCUAAGACGGCUAAGAAGAAAGCGCCUGCAAAGAAGGCAGCUGUUGCCAAGCCUAAGCCGGCUCCGAAAGCUAAAGCCGCAGCUAAGCCGAAGCCGAAGACUGUUGCCAAGGCUAAGCCUGCUGCGAAAGCCAAACCUGCAGCUAAGCCGAAAGCUGUAGCCAAGCCUGCUGCAAAAGCUAAAUCUGUAACAAAGCCGGCUGCUAAGCCGAAGGCUGCUGCUAAGCCGUCGAAAGUUGCUAGGACUUCCACGAGAUCUACUCCAAGUAAAAAGGCAGCUGCGGCUCCAAAGCCGGCUGCUAAGAAGGCGCCUGUGAAGAAGACUGUGAAAAGCUUGAAGCCGAAAGCAGCUAUAGCGAAGAAAGCCGCUGUGAAGACGGGGAAGAAAUGAGAUGGGUGAUGUUAGUAUAUUUGUUUGUUCUUAGGGUAUCUUUGUGUAAAAUGUUGUGGUUUGGAAGCAUGGUGUAGGUUUAUGAUAAUUUUAUAGAGUAAUGUAGGUAAUCAGUUAAUCAAUCAAUCAAAUCUUUCUUUUACUUGUUCA